AUGACACUUCCAACCUAUGUCAACCAUUUGUUGCCACUUAAAUUCCUAGGACUGAUUCCAUUGUUUAUUGGUGUUGAGGUAAUACUUGGUAUAACCAUAUUGAAUAAAGCCAGUGGGUUAUACGGUAUUUUAUCUUUAUUUACUGGCCAUCCAAUUAACUUUUGGCAAUGGCUAUAUAAUCUGUUGGCUAUCAUAACACUACCAGUUUAUGUAUCGGCGUUGAUUAACUUGAAGACCAAACCGAGAAAUUUGCGUAAGAUCUCCUUGGCAACAAUUGUUUAUGUUUUAGAUACCUUGGUUGGCAGCAUUUUCACUUUAUACUUUAUAUAUUUUUGGUUUAGUCUGGAAGAGGGAAGUGUUAAAUCAACAGGAGCAGAUCUGAGUAGUGCUUUGUCGUCUCAGUCUGCAUCUGCUGCAAGAGAGUUGUUCAUUACGCUUGGAACUACGAUAAGUGUCACAGCCAUACGCUUAUAUUUCACUUUAGUAAUAUUGUCAUUUGCCAAGGCGUUGUUAAAACAAAAUAGAAUGGAGGCCAGAUAUAAUGACAUCCAAAAUGGAACAUCUAGCAGAAGUUUAGAAGAAGAGGAAGAAACAGAAGUUGCUAAUGCUACUGGAUACUUUGCGGAAUUUAGAAAAGCUAUAUUUGAUUUGGAAGUGAGAUCAAAGGAGUAUUUGGAUGAUUUAUUCAAUUAG